GCUCACAACUCUGUUGGGAAUUGUUCUUGUUGGAAUGCGUCACAAGGCCUGCAUUCAUAUUAUUCUGGUUUAUUAUUGUGCUGCAUCGAAAAGUUGGAUGCAUUGAACAGUUGAAAAAUGGCGAAAAUCAAUGGCUCAAUCAAUCGAUAAUAUAUUACAGGUCAGAUGAUCUAAUCAAGUAAAUUAUCGACAUGGAGACACUGAUGAUAAUUCAAAGUUUCGUGAUAUUAAUGAAAGUUGUGGGCCAUUGAUAGGACAGGUGUUUCAUCAGCGAAUGAUUUUUUAAAAACAUGAAAUUAUUUUAUGGAAAAUUCCCCUUUUCGUGGGCUUUUUUCAUUUUAAUGUGUACUGGAGAAAUUGGGUCUGAGGGUAUAUCGUGCUUCAAGUGCACGGUGGCACCUGUUCCAGGGGCUAGUCAAUUUAAUAAGCCUAGUCAAAUAUGCAGUCAAUUUGAUGGGAGCUCGGUAUAUCAAACUUAUUGUCCAAAGUCAACGCUGUGUAUGAAACGAACUCUUUAUCAUAGGCUUGUGAACGGAACUAUAGUAAAAACAAGUGUGGAAAGAGACUGUGCGCCUCAACUUGACGUUUUUCAGUCUUACGAUCACAGUCAACGUGCCUGGCACAGUGAGGAAAAAAUCGUGCAAUCAGCAUACGAGGAAGGAUGUGUGAUAGGACCAGAUAAAGGUUCACCCGGAGGUCCACCUGAAUACUGUUACUGUCAAUAUCCGUUAUGUAAUGGUGCAUCAACUCUCAAUGGACAAAAUAAUAUAAUUAAUUUUUCAUUUUUAAUGAUCAUCUGCUCGAUGGCAUUCAAAGUAUCGUGACUGCUUGGAAUGAUUCAACGUUUAACACUGUUAUGAGUCAUUCCUCAAGAAAAACAAAAUUAUACUGCAUCGUAUGUCAAGAUUGCGAGCGAGAUUUGAUUGAGAUUCAUCUCUCAUCUCUCGUUUAUCACGUAAUUAGACGAAGAAAUUUUUUAGAAAAAGCUUCAUUAGUGGAAGAAGUGGAAAUUUCAUGAAGUGAAUUGCGAUUUUUUAAAGAUGAAUGUUGAAAUUUAUAAAUAAAAACAAUCAAGAAAUCAUGAAUUUUCACAGACUUCGCAUGUUAAUUGAAUUUAGUUAGUUUAAUUUACUCGGUGUGUAUUGAUUUUUAUGAGGUAAUUCAAGGACAAUUGACUGUUUCCAUGGUUUUCACCAUAAAAUACUCAACUCGAAACGAUUCAAGUCAGUGAAAUUACAGUGAAAUUGUACUGAGUGAACAAAAAGAACAAUUGUAUUUUUUGGAAUAAAUAAGAAGUUAUUGUUGUUGAUAAAUUAAACAUUUGUUUCCUCAUUGA